CUCUUCACUUAUUAAAACCCUUUUUCCCAUUCUUCUUUGUUUCUACUCACAAUUCAAAAUCCCCUCCUCCCUCUCUUUUCCCCCCUUGAACUGUGCAGCCGUACGCCACUCUCUUUUUCUUACAAAUUUUCUUCGAGGUUGCUCUACUGAUUAAUGGACGGUGGUGGAGGAGGAGAACAGUUUGAUUCCCGAACUGUGGAAGAUGUUUUUGGGGAUUUCAAGAGACGACGUACUGCUUUGAUUAAGGCUCUUACCGUAGAUGUGGAAGAAUUUUAUCAGCAGUGUGAUCCUGAGAAGGAAAACUUGUGCUUGUAUGGUCUCCCAAAUGAACAAUGGGAGGUCAAUCUGCCUGCUGAAGAAGUACCACCAGAGCUCCCUGAGCCUGCUCUUGGUAUUAACUUUGCUAGAGAUGGGAUGGAAGACAAGGAUUGGCUAUCCUUGGUUGCUGUCCAUAGUGAUUCCUGGCUGCUUUCUGUCGCCUUCUAUUUUGGUGCUAGAUUUGGAUUUGAUAAAGCCAGCAGGAAGAAGCUUUUCAACAUGAUAAAUGAAUUGCCUACAAUAUAUGAAGUAGUGACUGGUGCUGUAAAGAAACAACAGAAAGAAAAGUCUUCUGGCCACAGUGGCAAAAAAUCCAAGUCAAAUUCCAAGGCGAGGGCACCAGAUUAUCAGGAGAAGUUAGCAAAGUUGCAGCCUAAAGAUGAAGAGGAGGGUUUGGAUGAGCAGGAGGAUGAGGAUGAGCAUGGCGAGACACUGUGUGGUGCCUGUGGAGAAAAUUAUGCGGCAGAUGAAUUUUGGAUUUGCUGUGACAUAUGUGAAAAGUGGUUCCACGGCAAGUGUGUGAAGAUUACCCCUGCCAAGGCUGAGCAUAUCAAGCAAUACAAGUGUCCGUCUUGUAGCCACAAGAGAGCUCGAGUUGACAUAUAAAAUUUGAUAAAGUAGCAUCUUUUGUUAGUCAGGUUAUUCAGGCCGUUUGGCUCUCUAACUAGUGCAAGUUUAAUGGCACUGUGAUUCAUCUUUGUAUACUGUUGGUUAGAACAUGCAGCUGAUGAAUAGGGAAAGGUUCUAUUGAUGGUUUAGUUAUAAAAAGAGUCUUUAAGUAGCAAAAACAGGUACAUACUGUGAGUUUAAACAGUUAAUGUCUCUUCUUUAGUCGUUUUAGUAGGAUUAAGUCUCAUUGAUGUGAUCUAUUGAGCUUCCACCAACUUUGGUGUACAUGUCUCUUGGUUUUUAAACAUUGAUGUUGCCUAUAAUUGUGAAUUAUGGUCGUGUUGAUUACAUACACCAA